GCCCUUGCCUGUUCGUGCUUCUGUGACAGUUUUCCUCAAGCCGUGCCCUGAGUGCAGUGUGCUUUGGCCUCACCCAGAGGAAACCUCAGCAAAAGCUACAGGAGGCACAGUCCAGGGAUUCUGUGGCCUCUCCUGCACCUUCCUAGGAAUGGAGAAUGUAUUUUAAUUACAGUCUGCUUAAAGGGAAGUUUUCUGGACUCAGUAGGCCAAGUUCAGACAUAGCAAAUAAAACGGUAACAGUUUACCUUGUUCUAGCCAACUCCACCCCUAGGAGGUUUGAAGUUUGAGCCUCCUGUAAACUCUAUAACAGCUUCGCUUUCCUCAAAUUGAUGACACCCAGAGCUCCAACAGUUGGCGAUUUGUACAAUUUGAGACCCAUCAGCUCCGUACACAGUACAGAAUACUAGAAGCCCGUGAUUAAAAUGGCUUCCAGAGGAAAGACGGAGACAAGCAAACUAAAGCAGAAUUUAGAAGAGCAGUUAGAUAGACUGAUGCAGCAGCUACAAGAUCUGGAGGAAUGCAGGGAGGAGCUCGAUGGGGAUGAAUAUGAAGAAACUAAAAAGGAAACUUUGGAGCAGUUGAGUGAGUUCAACGAUUCGCUGAAGAAGAUUAUGUCAGGAAAUAUGACUUUGGUAGAUGAACUCAGUGGAAUGCAACUGGCCAUUCAGGCAGCUAUCAGCCAGGCCUUUAAAACUCCUGAAGUCAUCAGAUUGUUUGCGAAGAAGCAGCCAGGUCAACUUCGGACAAGGCUGGCUGAGAUGGACCGAGAUCUGAUGGUGGGGAAGCUGGAAAGAGACCUGCAUACCCAGCAGAAGGUGGAGAUACUGACAGCUCUCAGGAAGCUCGGGGAGAAGCUGACAGAUGAUGAUGAGGCCUUCCUGUCAGCCAACGCAGGUGCAGUGCUCAGCCAGUUUGAAAAAGUCUCCACAGAGCUCGGCUCUGGAGACAAGGUCCUUGCUCUGGCAGGGUUCGAGGUUGAAAAAGCCAAGAAAUGACAGCGCGGUGGGUUUGGCCCUGGCAGCCCCGUCCGUCCUGCACUUGGUGCUUCCAUCCUGAGGACUCAGGCGGUGCAAAGAGGAGAGACUCUCAACAGGCAGCAACAGCCCAGGAGCAGGUGACCUGGAGACGCGGUGUGGCUUCUGCUUCGGGUCCUCGUCCCUCUCUGUGCCUCUCCCUUCUUACAUGACCCCAGACUUGUUGGGACAGAGGGACGUUGUUCACUGCGGUUUGUUCUGUUAAGAUGUCUUGUUCUUAGUGCUGAUAGGGUGAGAGCUGCGAGCUAGCGGCUGUCCUGCCUUUGUCUGCAUGCCUUGUGAUGAACAGCACAGUGGUGUCACUGGCCACCCUGCAUCUGGAGAACCUUACAAAGCUUUCUGUUUUUACACAAGGAAAACCAAGAUGUAGAGUAUCUGAUCUGCCCAAAGUCCCUCUAGAUGCAGGGCUGAGGCUGGGGCUCAGGUGUCCUGAAUCCAAGUUUUAUUUCUUUCUUCUGUACUGUUUCUGAGGUUUUUUUUAAUAUAAUAAUUAACUUGUAUUUGUGCAAGUUGGCGUCUUUGAACACUCAGUGUCCUACCUAACUCAGUUGAAUGGGCACUGAGGCCUCUUCCCAGCCUGGUGGUGGGCAGCAUGAAUGGGCCCCAUUGUAUCUCUGGGUUCCUAAGAAGCAACAAUGGGAGCCCUGUUGAGAGCCUCCUGAAGUAACUUAACCCCCUGCCUUGUCUCAGUGGGGAAAUGGCAGCCCGAAGCCCUCUGUGUGUGACCUCUUGCCAGCUCUGAGGGUGGUAACAGCAAGUUACUAUCAACUGUGCAGUUUGGGGAGAAACACAAAGUCAUGAGGAAAGCAGGUUUCUCCCUGGGAGCCAUAGCUCUGCAUGGGCAACCUCGAGCCUCGCCCUCACACAAACCUUCCAGGCCUCGCCUGCAUUGUAGUCCUUUGUGUAUUUCUCAUUAUUCUUUUUUUUUUUUUUGCACUUUAUAAAAAUUAAAAACAUUUUUACUGCUUCUUAUAAACUAAAGUUCUACUAGGUGCUUUGCCAACUGGACAAAUUAGGGGACCUCAGCUAUGUAAAUGCCUUAUUUGGAACUGUAAUGUCUUUUGGACUCUUUGAGAGGUGUGGGUCUAUAAGCCAACAAGACGGCCCAGUGAGUAAAGGUGCUUGCUGCCAUUCCUGAUGCCCUGAGUUUAAUCCCCAGAUCCACCUGAUGAAGGAAGAGAAUUGACUUUUACAAGGUAUCUUCUGACCUCCACAGAUGUUCCAUGGCCCAUAUGUGUACACAUGUACACACACAUAUAUGCACACUUAUACAAUAAAUAAAUAGUGAGCAGGAGUCCCCAUGCUGGAGUCGUAGGCUCAGACUCUUCUAGCCACUCCUCCUCCCAAGAAGCCAGUGCUCAGAUGAGCACUGCUGGGCCUUACCAGUGGGCUGUCUCUAUUCGCCGUUCAGUGUAGAACACCCAGAAAGCUGAUCACCGCUGUAACCCGCGGUGCUGUGUGUGCCACCCCCAUUCCGUAGAGAGAAGUUCAUAUUACCCAGAAGUCCCAGUUCCACAGUGUAGAUUCAGUGAUGCUGUGCAGCUCCCACCCGAGCACCAAGUCAUGCCCAUCGUUCAUGCAGGAGAGCCUGUGUCUAUUCCAGUCACUCCGAGCAAGAUGCCUUCCUCCAGCCUCCAGCCUCCUCUGAGCUGCUCUCUCGUCUCUACAGCUGGACAGUGCAUAUGAACUUUACAUGGGAUUAUACCCUGUGUUCCUGGUUAUGUAUCGGGCUUUUUCAUGCAGUAUUUUUAGGGCUAACUCACAUUGUAACACACUUUGAAACUUCAUUUUUGUGCCUGACUAAUACUACCCUGUAUGAAUACUAUAUUUUGUUUAGCCGUGUGUCUGAUGAACAUCUGGGUUGUUUUCAGAUUUUGUGAACAGUGCCAUUAAGAACAUUUCUGCACGAGUACAUGUUGAGUUCCUAUUUUCAGGCUCCUUUGCGUUAAUACCUAGUUACCGAAUCGUUAUGUUGAGUUUUAAGAUAUAGUGAGAUUGUCCUUUGCCUAAUGCUCCCCCAGUAAACUGAGGAAUCUAGAGGUAUUUUUCAUCUGAAGAAGACUCAUGUCAGUCUGAAACCCUUAAUGUUGGGGAGCCUUAACCAUCCUUAAAGACCAGCACCAGGAGGCUGGGUAUGGUAUCAUACACCUGUGACCCCAGUGCUGGGAGGCAGAGACGAGGUUGACACCAGCCAGGGCUUCUUGGUGAAGCCCUUCUCAAACAAAGAGAAAACAGAACCACGAGAUGAGCAUGGGAGGAACUUACUGUUACAGCUUUCUGCUCUACGGAAAGUUGCCCCUGUUAAGAGUCUGACACUCUGGGCACCUCAGUUACGGCAGCUCAUGGAGCCUCACCGUCUUCAGCAGAGGUAGAAGACCUGCUUUGCAGUUACUUUGCAUUUCCUCCCUCAGCAGCGGUUAGCCGUGGUGCCAGUGCACCAUUCCAGUGCUCAUUAGCCUGAGUGAUAUCUGCUUCCCCAAUGCCGCCAUCACCGUAAGGCCCUACAAGGGCAGUUAUUAAAUGCCAGUAAACCGUGUCUCCUGUUCACAUCUUCAUCCUUUCUGGAACUUGAAGGUCUGUCACAUACAGAAGAGAGCCUUGUAAUAUUCCUGUGCCAAGAUGUUUUGGUGAAAAUUCCUGCAUUUCAGGCCAGGUGUGGUGGCGCACGGAUCGAAUUACUCAGUUUAUAUGUGUAUACCACGGGUAGGUGCCCAGGGCACUAGCAGAGAGUGUUGAAUCCUCCAGAACUGGGAUUUCAUCACUUGUGGGCUACCAGAUGUGUGUAUGGUCAGGGGCGGGGGGGGGGGCAGAGAAGCAGAGGCAGGUAGGUCUCUGAGUUCCAGGCUAGACUGCUCCACAGUAAAUACCAGGCCAGCCAGGGCUACAUACCAAAACCAUGUCUCAAAACAAAAAAAAGUUCCAAUGAGAGUGUCUAAAUGGGCUGUUAGUUAAAUCUAUUAACCUAGACUUUGUGUUUCAGAGAUUUGUUUGAUCUUGCAAAUGGCAACAGGUAUUCAAGCAGGAGGGUUUUCAGGAGAAACCAAGACUUUGGGGCCAACAGCUCGUAAACUGUGAUGUUAGGCCGUUCUCUGACGGCAGAGCCAUGGAAUAAAAGGCUGUGAGUCCA